AUACAAAAGAAGAUGAAGUUGAAUCACAUGAAUUCUUGCCUUGUAUUGGUUUAUUUGGUGAUUUGUACACAGUUUAUGCUACCAGUUCUCCAGCCUUUUUUGGUGGUAAAGAAAGGCCUGAAGUAAUUGGAAAGAACCUUAUUCCUGAGAUGUUUUCACAAGAUACUCCUUUCU